GUAGGGGAGUUAUACGAAGGAUCGUUUCGUGACUGUCGUGGGAAGGACCGUCUUUCGAGUUAAAUUUGGUACACCGUGUCGGCUAAAAGGCAAUAAGUGCAACGUUCGAAUUGUAUAUGAAACGCUUGUGCGCGAGUACACGCAGCUAUGUCUUUCUACUUUCGCGACCGACCGAAAUUUGGCGAUAGACUGCGUGGUAAAUCCGGCGAUGAACUUUUACAAGAAAUUAAACAACAAUUCGAUGAAGAUAGCAAGUCUUUCUUUGAACCCACUAAUAGAUCGGGACGGGAUCCCUUUGAACGACAUUCCGGCUUCUCAAGAGUAUUUCCAUUUGACGACGAUAAUUUUGGAAGACGAAGUGACAUCCGUGCUCACCUUGAUAACCUAGCAGCCCGUCACCCGGAAUUCGCAGACCAUUUAUUGGGCCCACCGUGGGGUGACAUACCCUUCCACGGCUCUUUCCGUAAUCGGAACCGUGACUCUGGAAACGGAGGACGCAACAAUCCUCAACAAGGGUAUUCCGACGAGGACGCAAGAAGCCAGGCAAGCGGAAGUAGCGCUGCCAGCGGAACUAGUGUCUCCAGUUCUCACGGUGAAUCAGACGUUAACCAGAAUCAACAAAAUAAAUCUUCAAACUUCGAGCAAAGUAAUAGGAAAGGUCAAAUCCCGCAAUACGGAUUACGUAAUACUGUAGAUAUAGGUCAGCACCAUCACAACAUGGAGAAUCCAGACAGAGGAAAUCGUGGUCAACGUUCUAUGUCCGCACCUCCUGAGAAUAGACAGUCAUUUAAUCAGCAUCAACCACAACAGCAAGAGCAACAAUCAGAGCAACAGUCUCCGCAGCAGCCUCAGGGACAGAGGUACGUUUCCAGGAUAGAUAUAACGCCACAACAUAAUCAGCCUCAGCAGCAACAAAAGGUACAGCAGCAGCAGCAGCAGCAGCAGCAGCAAUCGCAGCAACAACCUCAAGCACAGCAAAAGUCUCAACAGCAAGGCAACGUUAGACAUAUUCCAAUUUUCGUAGAGGGUAGAGACGAGCCUGUAUUUCCAAGGAGUUUCGAUGAACCGUCGACCUUCCGAAGGGAACCUUCUCCAACACAAUUUCAUUCUCCACCGCACUUCCAAAGACCAUCGCCAUUUGGUCAGCACUUUUCUGGAAGACAUCAUCAAUGGCCUCCACAGUUUGAAGAUCAGUUUUAUCAAUCACCAAGUUCAUUCGAACAUCCUUCUAGGAGACAGCAACCGACCCAUACCUUCCAGCAACCUAGGCAACAGCAGUAUACUGAAAGGCAGCCUCAGCAGCAACAAUAUAGCGAAAGACAGCCUCCGCAACAACAAUAUAGCGAAAGGCAGCCACAGCAGCAAUAUUAUGAGCAGCCAAAGCAACAGAGGCCACAACAAACUCAGCAACAGCAGCAGCCUCAAGAACAACAAGAAUUACCAAAGCCUAAACCUAACGUUCCAAAGGAUCCUUUAGAAAGAGUAGCCCUUGUCCAGAAAGAGGUUGAUUCCCUAGCUGAACAGGUUAAGCAGUAUCAUGGAAAUUCCAGAACAGACAAAGAGUAUAUUUAUCUGGAUGAAAUGCUUACUAGGGAAUUGAUAAAAUUAGACGAUAUCGAGACAGAAGGUAGAGAUAACGUUCGACAGGCGCGUAGAAACGCAAUAAAAAGUAUACAGGAAACGAUUAGCUUACUGGAGUCGAAGGCGCCGCUUCCUUCGCAGCAACCAUCAUCUCAGGAACAUGAAAAGCAAGAAGAUCAAGUUUCUAAUGUUACCAAGGAAGCCGAACGGACAGAAUCCAUGGACGUGGAUCAGAAAUCAGAAGACCAGUCGCAGAAUAAGGAAGCUAUUCCUCUACCCCCUGGUCCAUCAUCUCCAACGAAGAAGUCUGAAGAAAUCGCACCUUCUACGGAGAAAAUAGAGAGUAUUGGCAAUGAUAAUGUUCCGACGAAUCAACAACAGGAGCCUAGCCAGACUGUCGGCAAUCCUAUGGACACAACUCCAGCAGAAAAGCAGGAAACGCCAACGAUGGGUGCACAGCAGAAUUCAGAAGAAGCGAACGUAACUGAACAAAAGAAAUUGGAAAACGUUCCAGUUGAAAAACAAGAAAACACCACUGAGGAGAAACAAAUAGAUGUUUCUGCUGAAAAGUGCACAGAUAACGUUCCUGUUAACGAAGGAAAAAUAGAAAAUGCUUCAGAGAAAGUUCCAGAGGAGAAGAAAACAGAGAAUACUUGUAAGGAAAAGAAAGGAACUGCAUCCACAGAGAAGAAGAAAACCGAGAACAUUUCCAAGGAAAAGAAGUCUGAGAAAACUGACAGUAAACAGCCUGUCCAAGAACAACAACAGAAAACGGAGGAAAAAAUGGAAAUGGACAGUAGCGAGAUAAGGCAAUCGCCCAAGUCACGGAAGAAAGGGAAGAAGACGAAGAAACAGGGUCCUGUGUCUGACAAACCCAUACCAUUGCCAGCUCCAGAAAACACUGAGGCCAGUGCAAAGUAGGAUAACAGAUAGAAAGAAACACAGAGUUUCAAUUGCACCAAGAGAUGCGUUAAUGUAACUGUUGGGUUUGCAUAUCGCCGGGACAGAACUACAAUUUUAAGGGCGAAAAGAAGCCUUUCCAGUCUCAUUCGAAGAGCCACGAGCCCAGUGGCAUUGUUUCUAAUCUGUUUACGAUAAUUCUUGGUGUCAGAUCAGCAAGAACGUCGUGGAUCGACGUGACAAUCGCACAAUCGUUCGUCAGCAUGACAGGAAACGCUUUUCGUCUUGUUUCGUUGCUCCCUUGUCCACGUAGUCAUAUGUAUGUGUCGAAUAAUUUCAGAAAAAAGUUCGACAGGAAAAGUGUAGAAUCUAUUCGAAUGAAAUUAGAGCGUACAGAAGAAUCGUACAAUGAAUGUCUCACGUUUUGAAGGCUGUCACGCUGUUGCGUUGCAUUUGCAUAAGGCUAUCCCUCUGUUUUCUUCUCAUCAUUGCAGUGGUUUCGUAUGGAAUCACAUGGAGAAUAACGUAGAAUACUCACGGAAUUGUAUGAUACGUUUGACUACAAUGUACGGUGCAAUCUGAUUGCACUCGAGGAAACAAAAAUAUCGGUCCCCUUUUAGAAGUAAUUUUUCUCUGCCUAUGUUUUUUUUUUUUUAAAUUAGUCAUGUUAUUUAUUAGACAUUUCCUUUCUCUUAUUUGCUCAUCGACUGGCUAGUAGAUUAGUUGGUAAGUGAGUGAAUAAAUGUAAAGGAAUAUGAAAGAGGUGAACCCUCUUAUUUGGAGAAAGUCUAUGAGUACUUUGUUUAACAUUCAGCUUUUUAAGAACCGAUAUUUAAUGUUCUGCGCAUUAUCGAGUCUGAUAGAGAGUCGGUAUAGGUAAUAAGAUUAGAAAGAGGAGUUUAAUACGAUUACGUGAAUUUUAAGUGUAUCGAAUGGUAGAUGAUGACGAUUAUUGAAAAGAAAAUGCGUUGGGGAUUACUGGGGAAUGUUCACGAACGGAACGCGUCUGUUUCUUACGAUUAGUAUUACAGCGCACGGCCUGAGACGUAAUAAAGCUAACUUUAUUAUUAUUAUUAUUAUAAUUAAUAUUUAUAACUUAUUGUGCGUCUGCUGAACGAUUCAAGCACGAUUUCCGUGCCUCUAAUGUAGUAGGUUUAUAAUAAAAGAAAGAUGAUUCAGGAAUUUUCCGAUUUUUAAUAAUAACGUGAGUAAAAGGAACUUAAUUAACUCGACAUAAUUAUACAAAUUGACUCAAAGAAAUUAAUGGGAUAUAGUGACGUACUAGUUAACUCAAUAGUAUUUAUAAGGUAACUUAAUUAUCCUUAUGCUCUAAGAUUUCCACGCCAUAUAAGGGUAAUUUAUAAUAUGGUAAUUUACUAUUAUACGAAAACAGAAUCAUGCAAUUUAAUCUAAAGCAACCAGUUCCUGAAUAAGAAUAAUUACAUAAGCUUCUUCCAUCAGACUUAUGACAUAGUAUGAAAUCUGUGAAUUUCUGAAUCGCUUUAUUUCAUCGCCACAUGCACAUCUUUCAUCGAUGAAAUGCGUGUGGAAUAUGAACCGUGUACAUAUUAGGAUCGUAUGUGUUCGUUUUGUAAAAAAAAUGAUGCAGCCUGUUCAGCGUAUUCUAAAUCAUCGUCCUAUGUUGACGCUAUAAUUCAUUGGAUAUUUAACAAUAUUAAGAAAUUUCUCUUCUGUAAAAAAAAGAAAAUGACCGAUACCAAGGCAAUGGGGUGCAUUAUUUUAUGGUUCCUUGUUCAGGGUGAUACUCAUCAUUAUUCUUCGUCUUUUGUUUCUUUCUUUUUUUCCUUUUCUUUUGUUUCUGUACGAUGAUUACGUAUCCAUAGAGAUCAUGAGCUUUCAGCCAGAAAUUUUGUAUUUUUUCUGACGUAUGAGAAUUGUGUGGAAGAAAGAGUAUAUGGGUAAUUAUACGGAGAAAAAAUAUGAGAGAAUGUAUGGAUGAAUGAAUGAUCUGACUGUGGUGGUAAACAAAUG